UUAAAAGAAGAAGUAAAUAAGUCUAAAUUGGAAAAAAAAGUAGUAGUAGAAACCGAGAAAAAGGAGGAAGCAGAAUUAAAAAUGGAACCUGAAACUAUUAAGUUUUUGGAUAAAUAUUGUCCGAAAGAGAAGAGGAAGAAUAUUGAGAUUUUGAAUAUUAGCAAAAAAAACUUAAAAGGACAUUUAGAUUUAAGGGAGUUUGUUAGUUUGGGAUGUUUAAAUUGUUUUGGUAAUCAAUUAACUAGUUUAGAUUUAAGUAAAUGUGUUGAUUUAGAAGAGUUAUUUUGUCAGAAUAAUCAACUAACUAGUAUAGAUGUCAGCCAUAAUCCUAAACUAACUGAUUUAUAUUUAGAUAAUGUUGAAAUCAUUGGAUUAAAAAAAACUUCGAUAAUUCGAUUUGGCUGUAGUGGUGAUUUACUCCGAGCAAACAUUAGUAAUUUAAAUAAGAUAGCAGGGCAAGUAAAUGAAGAAAUAGCCAAUAAUGAAGAAUUCUUAAAAAAGAUUUGUCCUUUGGAAGCAGAGGAAUUUAUUGAAAGCCAAUAUUACAAAACUAAACAAGGAAGAUCAACCGUCAGUGAUGAAAUAAUUCAGGAAUUAGUUCAAAAAUUACAACAAAUAAGUAAGAAAUUUCGAAAAAAUAAAAAUGACUAUUACGAUUAUGAGCCUUUAUACCUUGAUUAUCGUGCCUAUAAUUUAGUCUGA